UGUGUGAGCUUCGAGCAUCGUUCGCCACCUGUAUUUCCUGUUCUGCCGCGUGUUUCGUGUGAACUGGUUCAGCUGCUGGUCCCAGUAAAGAUCUGAUGUUCCAGUCACGUCACAUUUAGCUGGAGGUUACAAUACAAGGUUCUGGCUGAAGAAUGUGGCGAAUCAUCAUCAUAUGUCAUUCGCGGGCGAUAACGAGUCAGAGACGAGGACGCUGUGAAUGUGCCACUUCUGGUUCUGCAACUUUGCAGCUGCAGAACCAGAAGUGUCUCCUUCUGAGUCAUUGUUUUCAUUUCUGAACACCUUCCAGGUAAAUUUGAACAUGUCUGAGUAAUUCAGCAGCCCGGGCCCUCUCUGAGAUCUGACGUCUGCUCGCGUCUGAAGCAGCUAACGGAUAAGCACGGCUCUGGAAAGAUCUUCCAGGUGAUGAGCACGGUCGUGGGCACCUGGGACCUGGACCUGAACUUGACUAAGGGCGAGCUGGUGGCGGUGAUCAGCGAGGCCGACAGCCGUGGAGACAGAAGGAGGUGGCUGGUCGAUGCAGGAGGGAAGCGAGGCUACGCUGCUGCCUCGAAACUCAUUCGCUAUCACCAGCCAACAGACGACCCGCCCCCCUCACCACACCCGAGCCUGGCAGAAGACGUGACCGCACGCAGAAGACACUCCUACAGCCCGGCAGGCAAUGCCCCACUGCCCAUGAGUCAGCCCUGCUUCCAGGUUGUGGGCGCCUACGACUUCACGGCCAGAUCCAAACACGAAGUUUCCUUCCGGGCCGGAGAACCCGUUCGUGUCCUGGAGCCUCACGACAAACGAGGGAGCCCCAAGUGGAGUCUGGUGGAGGUCAGAGGUCAGAGAGGCUACGUGCCCUCCAACUACCUGGCAAUCAUGCCCGUGGGAGCGGGGCUGCCCCCGAACCCUGGCUUCUUCCUUUAGGGGGUGGAAACUGCAGCUGGUGUCGAUGAGAGGAUGGAUGGAAGAGCCUCCCGGGAUCAGCUGUUUACAGUCUCAGUGUUAAUCCUGCCACUUUAUCCUGUUUACGACUGGAAGUGUAAAGUUUCUCCUGUGACGUUUCCUGCUUCCGCUUCCUGUGCAGCGUACACAGGAGCGAAGCUUCAGGAGCAGCAAAUGAAGUUUACUGACUUUAGCUUUAAUAAUGAAGGUUUACUGGUCUGCAGUGAUC